GUUGGUCAUUUCCGCUUCAGACUCACUGUUGUAGUUAGCAGUCAACGAUGGGGGAUAUUUGAGCAACGAAGUAGCUAAGCGCUAGCUUUUCGUAAAAAUAACAGCUAGAAGCGUACCUUUUAUUUUAUUUAUUUUUCAAACGCUUGUUUCUUUAUCUAAACGUUACGUCAAUAUGAGUAUGUCGAUUACACGAGCCACAACUACGAUGUUGAAUUUUCAAAAUGGAGUCGUCGGAGGAUCUUCGUACCCUGCUGGUGCUAGCCCUUUGUACUAUUUCGGCGCGACUGGGGCCGUAUGUGCUGGGGCGUCACCGAAGUCUAAAGUAGAUACUGACUUGGGAAAUGGGACUGGCGAUACUCCACCACGACCCACGAAAUUAGGAGUGAAUGUCGUGAAAAGCAACGUCCUAGAUAAUCAUUUGUCAGACCGAAGCAACAAUGACGACUCUGACGACUCUUUGCCGUGCACUCCCCAGAUGGCGUCAGAGUGUGGGCCUGAAAUAUCGAAUUGUCCAUCGGGCGAUGAAGUAUUGGAACAUGAUACCAGACAACUCAUUGAGAACGUCUUGGGGGACUACACAGGACUGUCUCCGCUUCGUUGGAAGCAAAGCAAGACUCUUACGACGAUGAAGCGAGUGGUGGAGGAUGUAAUAGCGAAGCACCGAUACGCAUACAAUGGUAUGAUCGCCAAACUUGACUUGGAUGAUCGUAGCGAUGACAUGAGCGUCAUCAAGUCUGUGGCCAAGACCCUGUUCAGUGAUGGGAUCACUAACUGGGGUCGCAUCGCCAGCCUAGUGGCAUUUGGAUCAGUGGUGAGCCAGCACCUGAAGGAGAGGGGCAGGGGACACUGCAUUGAGUUGGUGGGCCAAGAGAUCGCCACAUACCUCCUCUCUGACCAAAGGGACUGGCUGGUCAAAAACAAUGCAUGGAAUGGAUUUGUAGAGUUCUUUCAUGUGCCAGAUCCAGAGUCCUCAGUAAGGAACACCCUCAUAGCCUUUGCUGGAGUUGCUGGGAUUGGGGCAACACUCGCCAUGUUGAUCAGGUGAAUUGAACUAUAAAAGACUUACCUGUUACUUUUUUUUCAACGAAGAAAAUGGACUAUUCCCGCAAGUUCUCCGAAAUCCUUAAUAUCACCAUGGUUGGAAUGACUACCCAAUGAUGUCCUGUUUGGUCAAAGAAGAGGGUCAGUCUGUUGGAUUGUAGUGACCGACUGAAUUGGGACAGUGCUUUGGUGUCAAGCUCAAGUUUGCUUUUUUCCGCAUCAAUGUUUUGGUGCCUUUUUUGUUUGAGGGGCCAUAUGAGGAUAUUUGGUAGUUGUCGGAACGGUAUCUAAUGGACUUGUUAAAUGGCGCUUUUAUUUAAUGUACAAAGUACAGACAUUUUAUUUUUGUAAUAAAUGUAUAGUUGAAUUUAGACUCGUACAGAAACAUAGUUAAUUCCUCUGCAAAUGUUCAACUCACUCUUUUUAAGUCAUCAAGAUGGAAAAGCACUAGCUAAUAGCUAUAAUUCACAAUGGCAAAGUUCCGCCUCUGACCAUAAAGUUGGCUCAAAUGACUUGUUUCUGUUCCUUGUGAUAUUAGUCAUACAUGUACAUACAGGGAUUGGUGUAAGAAAGGCAGAACCUGCAUUGAACUGACCAAUGAGGGCCUUAGAAUUCAACUAAGGUGGUAAACCCAGGCUAUGGGCAUUGAAAAUGUAAAGCGCAGGAAAGACUGUAUUUUACGUGCAAUUAAUUGCCUUACAUGCUUGUCGCGCAUGUCAUAAAGCCCCUAUCUCGCCUACAUCCCAUUCAUAAGUCCAUGUUCCUUGGGGUAGAUUUGCUAGUCAUGCCUUGCAAACUAUUUGCGUGGAUGCAAUGUGACUUCCUGGUUAAGGAAAUAUUGUGGCUGUUGCACUAGGCUUUACUGGGAGGGGGAAGGGAGGACGUGUUUGAAAGUCAGUUCAAAAUUCCAUUAUCAAGACUAUGCUGAUUGUAUUUGAAGCGUUUAAUUUCCAAAUUAUAUCCAUGUAAAUGAAAUGUGCUCGCAGGUAUGAGUUUUAAAUAUGAGCUUAAAGAUUGCAAAUGGUCUCUGGCGUUGGUUCAAUAGAGGCAAGAUCGUCUGGACAGUAAACAUGUACAGCAGUUCCACCUAACAAACUAGCACUAACCCUCCUGAUGCAUCUUGCUGGCAAAUUCCUUAAAUCUCCUGAAGUUAUAUGAUUAAAGGCUAAAAUCAUGCAACUUUUGUGACUGCAAUGAAUAAAGGAUGUGACUUUA